AUGGCCGGCGGUGGAGGAAAAUACCGACACCUGGGUCGCAAGUCUUCGCAUCGACAGGCUUUGCUCCGCAACCUGGUCACCUCACUCUUCGAGAAUGAAUCAAUCACAACGACAUGGGCCAAAGCUAAGGAGGCUCAGCGAUUGGCAGACAAGUUGAUCACCCUGGGUAAGAAGAACUCUGAGGCCAGUCGGAGACGGGCACUGGAGAUUUUCUAUAAACCUCACGCCAUCCUUCCCAAACUCUUCGGUCCCCUCCGUGAACGCUACGCCGAACGCCCUGGUGGCUACACCCGCGUGCUCCGUGUUGAGCCGAAGCAGAAAUACGAAUACUACAACCGCCCCAAGGGUAGCACAGAUGACCCCGAGCGCAAGCCACACGACCAAGCCCCCAGUGCUAUUCUGGAACUUGUUGAUGGACCCAAGGAUAUGCGCUUUGCCAUGACAGCUCGCACCGUGCUGCGCCAACGCGAGCGUGGUAUUGAGAACUUGAAUCAGCUUACCGCGCUGAACGUACGGAAGGUGACUCAGUUCCGAAAGGAGGGUAUUGAGGCGUUGGAGAGUGCUAUUUCAAACUUGAAGAUCGCGGAUAAGAAGGCUUCGGAGGCCUCAGCUAAGACUACCUCAAAAUAG